UCCUUUUUUUUUUUUUUUUUCUUUUCCAUUGGAGAAUGGCUGCAACUCCUUCCCGCCGUCGCGUGUGCUACUUUUACGAUGCUGACAUCGGCAACUACUACUAUGGCCAGGGACACCCGAUGAAGCCGCAUCGCGUUCGCAUGACCCACAACCUGCUGCUCAACUAUGGCCUCUACAAGAAGAUGGACAUUUACCGACCCCACAAGGCUUCGUUCGAAGAAAUGACAAAGUUCCACUCGGACGAGUACAUUCACUUCCUCAAGAGCAUCAACCACGAGACCAGUUCGAGCGACCACACUCGACAGAUGCAGCGAUUCAACGUCGGAGAGGAUUGCCCAGUUUUUGAGGGCGUGUUUGAGUAUAGCCAGCUGAGCGCCGGUGGCUCGAUUGGCGGCGCUGUCAAGCUGAACAAGGGCGAUACCGAUAUCGCCAUCAACUGGGGCGGCGGUUUGCAUCACGCAAAAAAGUCGGAAGCAUCGGGCUUCUGCUAUGUCAACGACAUUGUUCUUUCUAUUCUUGAGCUGCUCAAGCGUCAUCAGCGUGUGCUGUACAUUGACAUUGACGUCCACCAUGGUGAUGGUGUGGAGGAGGCCUUCUACACGACAGACCGUGUCAUGACCGUCUCAUUCCACAAGUACGGAGAAUUUUUCCCGGGCACUGGCGAUUUGCGCGACAUUGGCGCCGGACGAGGCAAGCACUAUGCGCUCAACUUUCCGCUUCGUGACGGUAUCGACGAUUUCUCGUAUCAGAACGUUUUCCAGCCGAUUAUUCGCCACGUGAUGGAGUGGUACCAACCAGGCGCUGUGGUGCUUCAGUGCGGCGCCGACUCGCUUGCUGGCGAUCGUCUCGGUUGCUUCAACUUGUCACUGCUCGGUCACGCAGAGUGCGUCGAGUUUGUGCGGAGCUUUAACGUACCAACGCUGCUUCUUGGUGGCGGUGGCUACACUAUUCGAAAUGUGGCGCGUUGCUGGACCUACGAGACCGCCGUCGCGAUUGGCACUGGCAUUGCCACCGCGCUCCCCUUCAACGACUAUUUUGAGUACUAUUCGCCUGAUUUCAAGCUGGAAGUCACUCCCAGCAACAUGGAAAAUCUGAACACUCCCGAGUAUCUCGAAACCAUCAAAAACGCGCUGAUCGAGAGCUUGCGACAUGUGCAGUUUGCCCCCGGUGUGCAAAUGCAAGAGCUUCGACCAGUGUACGACGAGGACGAAGAUUCAGACCAAGAAGAUCCCGACGAGCGUCUGCCCUCCCGCGUUUCCGACAAGCACGUCUCGUACGACGACGGAAUGUCCGACUCGGAAGACGAGGGAGACGACCGACGGAAUCGCCAGUCUUACAAGAAGCGUGAAAAGGACGACUCUCAUGCCAGCCGACGCAUGUCGCUGAUGACCCCGAGCAAAGGCGGCGAUUCCGGCGAGCCGCGUCGCGUUGACGCUCGUGGCGCUGUGGACGAGGCGGAAAUCGAAGCAGCCAGCGAAAACUACAAAGCCAGCCGACCAGCCGAUGCUGGGCGUGUGUCUCAAAAAGAGUUUGCUGGAGACACAACCGCAGCUGAAGCCCAGAGUCAGGACGGAGGACACAAGCGCAAGGCCUCGGAGAUGGCAACAAGCGAAGACGAGGAUGAAGGCGCAGAUGGCGACGACGAAGCGCCUGCUGAAGACUCUGCCAAAGAGGCAAUGAACACGAGUGCAUAAAUGCGCUUUUGUUGCUUUGUAUUUUGGAUGUUUGCGUGCUGUUAAUUUGCGCUUGGUCUAGCUGUUGUUUUGGUUGGUCAUUUGUAAACACUAUUUCAUGUUAUGUUUGUCAGUUCAACCAAGCUGAAGUUGUACGCCCA